AUGCCGAGAGGCGAUCAUGAUGUUGAGGCACGGGAUGGGCUAGAAGAGGUCGUGCAAGACAGUCGCAUCAAAGAGCCCGACCCGCUCUCCGCAAGUACUGCUGUCACAGAACACUAUUAUACCAACGUGCACCCAAACAAUUUUAUCAAGAUGCUUAAUAUGCUUCUGAACGCGGUGGUCUACACCCUCUUCGCAGUUGCCCCGGCACCAGCCCACAGUGCCGCUUUGGCAACGACGUCGUUGGGCUACUGCGUUAUCAACGGCACCCAGAUAUGCACGGUUCAAGAUGGACGGAGCCCACCCUCAUCGUUCACUGCAAACUGUGGACAGGCUUACCCAUGUACGGCCCAGAAUAACGAGUGUACCAUCCGCUUCAGAGGUGGCUUUGGCAGCGCCGUGUCUUCUGUUAUGUGCACCUAG